UCGCAACUGUAUGCGCUAUUUCUGUACGGGACGGGUUCCAUUCGCUGUGCGGUUGCACAGUCAAGCGGUUGGAGCAUUACGUCGGAGCACAGAUCCAGAGGAAUGCUUAUACAAAAUACGCAAUAAUCCGUCUUCUGAUAUAUUUAAGUUGAAGCGAAUCGGCCGAGGUGCCCAAUCGUUUGCGCUCCUCCAGGGAACGAACUGUAUUCAAACGUUUACAAAAGCAGUAGAGUAUUAGACUAGUGCUGCAAUAAACUAUGUUCCAGCUUCAAUGUCUAUGUGUAGCACUUAUGUUCGGCGUCUGCACUGCUAGAUCUUUUAGCAAAGGUGCAUUCGUAUUAGGAACGGGACUCGAUCCAAACUUUCAAGAGAACAGUCAAACAGGUGUAACUUUGAAACCAACGUUAAAUGAAGAUGGAGAAGAUUCGAACCAAGCCGUCACAUACUGCGGUGUACACGACCCGUCUCCAGAUGACGGUAACUACACAAUAUGCCCAAACGGAAGGUGUAAACGCUAUGCGCACUACAAUAUAAAAUGGAAAAGUAAUCUAGUCAAAUACAGAAUUGGAUCUUAUCCAUGGAGAACAGACAUGAGUCAAAGCGACACCCGGCGCAUAGUUGCUGCAGCAUAUAAAUUAUGGAGUGACGCAACACCUUUAGAAUUUAAGGAAGUAGGCAUAAACGGUAAAGCAGACACUGUCAUUAAAUUUGCUGCGAGGGCGCAUGGAGAUCGUAUGAAAUUCGACGGACCUGGGAAUGAGCUGGCGCAUGCGUACCACUUGAUGGGUGGUUAUAAGGACCUGAAUGGUGAUAUACAUUUUGAUGGCGAAGAAUAUUGGACUAAAUAUAAACCAAGUGGCUACAAACGUAAUCUAUUCACGGUACUAGCUCACGAAAUCGGCCACACAUUAGGUUUGUCUCAUUCCACAAAUCCAGACGCUUUGAUGUACAGAUAUUACCAGCGAUUACAACAAAAUUAUAAACUUUCCAAAGACGAUAUAGCAGGAAUUCAAGAUCUUUAUGGACCAAAUCCUGAAAAAAAGGUAGUAAGAGUAAAAAAGGCAUUUUGCAAUCCAGGAUUUGAUGCCACACUGACAAUCAGGGGCGAAUUAUUUAGUUUUGAUAAUACUCAUUUUUGGAGGGUAUCUUCAAAGGGUAAACUGGUUAGUCCACAAGAAGGUCACGUGGGUUCUACAGUUUUUCGACUUCUUCCACAAUCACUCGAUGCUGCAUAUGAACGACCGACGGACGGAAAACUAAUAUUUUUUAAAGGUUCACACUACUAUGAAUAUUCUGACUUUUAUCUUAGUAAAUGGAAACAACCAAUAUACUUGCGAUAUCCACGCGUACCACGUGAUGGCAUUGACGCGGUAAUGGCAAUACCGAAAACAAAAAAGACAUAUUUCUUUAAAGGACCAUUUGUAUGGCGGUUUGAUGAGAGGCUAAAACGGGUUGAUAGUGGUUAUCCAACUACCACUUCAAAACUGUGGUUAGGAGCUCCGACAAGUGUUACUGCAGCAUUUUAUGUAAACCAUCGGAUUGUUCUAAUAAGCAACGAUGCAUACUACAUUUUGAAGAAAAAGAGUGGUAAAAAAGCUCGUAUAGGAAAGGGAAAAUUCUCGGAAAAUGUUAUGAGGUUGAAAUGCUAUUAGGAAAGAUUCAUAAAGUUAUAUAAAAAGAGAAUACCAGAGUGCUAACCCUAUAAAGGCGGGCGGACAUUGCAUCGCCAACGCGAUAUAAUGGAGACUGCAACGGCGCGAAGAGAGGCAGACGACGACGGAUCGUUUUUUACGAUGAAUUCGCUCAGACACGAUAGCCCACAGAUCGGCGUUGGAUUUGUUGGCCACGUACGUCUAAAGCAACUUUCACUUUAAGGAAAAAACCGGACUGGAACCGGAGUGUAAAUGUGAGCACUUCUAUACCCGGCACUUCGCCACUACUUCGAACGUUCAGAACGGCGGACGGUGCCGGUCGGGUUUUUUUUUUCUCCUUGUGUGAAUUAAUAUACAAUACUUUCGUCAUGAAAAUGGCAGCCAAAACGGCCAGAACACUUUUCUAACAAAAAUGGCCCAAUAGACCUUCAUUCACCCUAACUAAUCUUGCCGCAUGUUUUAUAAAGGCCUGUUUCUGAUCAGGUUUGUAAAAAUAGGUCUGUCUACAACAGAGAAAGCUUUAGGCCCCUGAUGUUUUAUAUUUUGCUGUGUUAUCAGGCAUUGGCCUUCUUUGCAUUGAUGUGGCGCGUUUCUCUUGUAUGCCGUUUUGAUACUUGUUAGUUUGCAGUGUGUCGUUUUGGUUAUACCGUUUUGGUAUAUUGCCGUUUUUAUUUAAAGGCGUUAGUUUCGCUGGAUAAACCGAUUAUUGCCAUUAUUCCUUAAAUGAACACCCCCACGAAAAACAGAACCGUCCGUCUUUGGCACAAUGCGAUCCUUUCUUUGGCACCCAUGUCGUAUAGGCCUAUAGUCGGUUUAUCCAGGUAUUACACUCAGACUACCAACAUCAGUUGAUUUGUGUAAUUUCAAUGUCGCGUAAUCAAUGGGAGCGCUCUAGUAUUCUUCAUAUAGUAACAAUGUGAUAGAGAUAUCAGGGGCGGAUCCAGAAUUUAUCAAACGGGGGUGGGGAAUACCGUACUAAAUUAUCAGAAUAGAUAAGUGGGGAGUGUUAACAGCUACUGUCAGUGGUAUAAUAACGAUACCGGGCCUAUUGGAACAUUUUGUAUCUGUAUUUUAUUGUUUCUUCAUAUUUCAUACAUGCCAGUGUUAUGUAUUGAAAUCAUAAGAAUAAUUGCAAAAUGGGAUGGAUCCGCCCCUGGAUAUUAUGAAGUGUCCAAAUAUCAUAAAAUACAUGUAUUCCUCUUUACACGUGAUUUUUGUCGGCAAUCCAUUCAUCAUGGUCAUGUAACCUUGCCUGGGGCCCGAAUAAAUUGCUUAUUGUCGACUAUCAUCAUUUUUACUCACUCCUUUUUCUCACAAGAUUCAAAUCAUUAAUUGGUUACUAUUCACUGAAAAUACCGUACAAGAUAAAACAAGUGUAUUAUUAGUUCAGGAAUAUAGGACAGUGCACCCUCCAAUUCGAGACAACCUUUUAUCAAUUAACAAAAUAACAAUCUUCAAUGUUUUAACACAUAGCUAACCCUGUAAUUCGAGACUGAUCCCACGAGGCCGACCCACAUUUUCAGGUACGGUCCGAAUCGGAGGGCAAACUGUAUGUUAGGCUCUUUUCACGCAACAAUAUUCCAACAAUGACUUUUAAUAUAAGUUUAUGUGACCAACCAAUGAACUACAUUCCUUUUAAAGUUUAAUCCUAAUUGUCCUUAUUACCUGUAACCAUACACUGUGAAAACUUCGCUAAAUUUAAAGGAAUCUGUGAUCUAUAUUGAUUUGUCAAUGUUAAAUAAAUUUUGAAAGUUAAUAGGGAUCGACAAUAUACUAGCUGAUGACGUCAUACUUAAUACAAUUUCCGUUCUAAUACUUCCUAUUAUUCGAAAUGUUGUUUAUACUUAGCGAAUGAAUUGCAAGUGUUUUGACUACCAUAGAACCCCCUCCUUGGGGACACAAGGGACACCCUAUUAAGGGGACACGUUUUUGGGCACUAAACGAGGGAAGUAUAUCUUUUAACACUACUGCCAACCCCUAUAUGGGGUACACCCCUAUUAAGGGGACACUUUUGGUCCCGAAGGUGUCUCCUUAAUAUGGGUUCUACUGUAUUUUGCUUAUAAUUUUGUACUGAUUAUUAUAAUGUUAUGUUUUAUUGAUUUACGUAUUAUAGUGUAUAUAGCUGUAUCAUUGAAUUAACCUAUGUUUUUAGCAACCGUCUCUUUUGUGUUAACUUUAUAUUGUUUAAUUAUGGGUUGUUUGUUAACUAAAGUUCCUUUUAACUAGUAAUUAUUUGGAACUUAAUUGUUUUCUGCAAAAAAUAAAUAAAUAAAUAAAAUAAAUAAUGGUUGUAGAACAACCCCUUGAAUAAAGGACGAAGUUU